CGGCAAACUUACUCGAUCGGAGCGGGAUGACUCCGAUGGGCUUGGCGGAGUUUUUGUGCACUGCCCUUUCAUAUGGUACAGACUGUUGGAUGUGCUUGCUGCUUGCUCCCCAAGUCAGUCGGCCAGGUCUCGUGUGAACGGCUAUUCCACUUGUCCACUAUUCACCCUCGAUUCUCACUGGAUUUGACGUGAGUCGACCCGGUCGAUUCUGGGUGCAAUAUCGCUACCGCGGACCCCUCCUCGUUGACAUCUCGCGCGCGAGUUCGGUGGAGCUAUGGGCCCGAAACAGAAAGGAGGAGGCUCAUCCAAGAGCAAUUCGAGAAGUACUGGGGAGGAGGUGGAGGAAUCGCUGCAGGCCGUUAUCCUAGCCGAUACGUUCGAAACGAGAUUCCAGCCGUUCACAUUGGACACUCCUAGGUGUCUGCUACCGCUCGCCAACACCCCGCUUAUAGAGUACACUUUGGAGUUCCUCGCAAAUGCUGGAGUCGAGGAGGUUUUCCUGUACGGAGGAGCGCAUUCGGAUAAGCUGGAGAAGUAUCUCAAUGCUUCGAAAUGGAGAGCUCCCUCUUCACCAUUCAAGAAGUUGACCUUCCUCAAAUCGACGUCAACGUCCGUCGGAGACGUUAUGCGCGACCUGGACGGCAAGCAUCUCAUCACCGGUGAUUUUAUUGUUGUUAGCGGAGAUGUUAUCAGCAACCUUCCCAUUGAAGGUGCAUUGGCUAAACAUCGGGCACGUCGUGAGGCGGACAAGAAUGCUAUCAUGACUAUGGUUCUUCGUGAAGCGGGCAGGAACCACAGGACCAAGGCUUCGACGAUAUCUCCUGUCUUCGUUAUCGACCCGACAAAGGACCGGUGUCUGCAUUACGAAGAGAUCCAGCAACAUUCAGAAUCAGCCCCGUCGUACCUCACCAUCGAUUCGGAGAUUCUGACGUCACAUGCUGAAAUUGAUAUCCGUCAGGACCUGAUCGACUGCAGCAUUGAUAUCUGCACGCCAGACGUUCUGAGCCUGUGGUCGGACAGUUUCGACUAUCAGAUGCCCCGAAAGCACUUCCUCUAUGGUGUGCUGAAAGACUACGAGCUGAAUGGAAAGACGAUACACACCCACAUUAUCAAGGACCACUAUGCAGCACGAGUACGGAACCUGAAGGCCUACGAUGCUAUCAGUAAGGAUGUUGUUUCGAGAUGGACAUAUCCGUUGUGCCCGGAUACGAAUCUCCUUCCGGGGCACACGUAUGAGCUGAGAAGGGGGAACCUUUACCAGGAGCAAGGUGUCACGCUAGCCCGGUCCUGUGUGAUCGGCCGUCGAACAGUCAUCGGACAGGGUACCCGCAUCGGAGACAGAACUUCUGUCAGUAACACGGUUCUGGGCAGGAAUUGCAAGAUUGGGAAGGAUGUUAUCCUCGACGGCGCGUAUCUCUGGGACGGAGUUGUUGUUGGCGAUGGCACAGAGAUUCGCCAGGCUAUUAUAGCUGAUGGAGCAACAGUGGGUAACAAGUGUAAGGUUGAGCAGGGCUCCUUGCUGUCAUAUGGGGUAAAGAUUGCGGAUGGCACUAUUGUGCCUCAAGGAACACGGAUCACGCGAGCGCAGAAGGCACCCGGAGCCUCGAUUACGAAUGAUCCGAAGAUUGUCGGCGACGGAGGAGAAGGCUACGAGUUUAUUCAUAGUGACGAUGAAGAUGACGAAGAUGACGAUGCUAGUGUGGCUUCGUCAGGACUCAUCUACAAUAUGGCAAACCUUUCCUUGUCCCGAGAAUCAAUCUCGACGUUCUCUUCUGAGAUGUCAGAUUUCGUGGGCGCAUCGCGGUCCGGCAGCUUUGGUACAUCCUACUCGGACGAGGAGCGUGAAGAUCACUUCCAGCAUGAUGCCUCUACCAGUGUCUACGAUGGUCUGCGUGACGGCGUCACUGCAGAUGUUGUACAGCUCGAGCUUGUCAGUCUGCGUAUGAGUGCCAACGCAUCUGAGCACCAGGUGCGACGAGCUGUGGUAUCUGCUUUCAUGAAGCGCAUUCAACAGCUCAUGGAAGAGGGCAAAGGUGCCGGUGACGCCGUCAAGGACGUUUUUACUAAGUACAAGGAGAUUGUGGAACGCAUAAUCUUCGACAAGGACAGCGACAAGAAGCCGGAUCAGGUCGACCUGCUCCUGCUGAUCCAGCAGGACCUUGUGCACCGUAACCGCGGUGAAACGGUGCUUCUGUUCACCUCCAAAGAGCUAUACGAUCUCGAAAUCGUGGAGGAAGAAGCCUUUGAAGAAUGGUGGGAGGAUGAACGCUCCCAAAGCAGCGAAGAGCUCCGGAAGGUUCGUGCGCAGACGCAGCAGUUUGUUGACUGGCUGGCGAACGCAUCAGAGGACGAGAGCGACGAGGAAGAAGACGAGGACGAGGAAGAGAGUGAUGAGGAAUGAUUGAGAUGAUCAAAAAUAAUGGAAUAUAUUCAGGGAUGCCUCAUGUGUACGCAAUAUGUAGACCCGCGGAGAUAGCAUCUGCGGAAUACUAGCCAAAAUAAAAGCACAUAUACCCGUGUUAGAAUGAUAGACUCAAUUGUUUUCCACGAGCA